AUGUCCGGCAAAUUCGAUAUCGCGCCAUCGAUCGCUCAUCCUUUCGUAUAUCUAGCCAUAAUCCUCUAUCACUCUCGACGACACAUCCCAAUUUAUAGCGCAAAGUUCUCCAAAAACAAAACAUGUCUCUACCUACACAUUGGCACUGGGAUCAUGGAGUGGACUCGAUACCACAUCUCCAAAGCCUGGCUCGGCCAUGAAGAUAUCCUUCCACAGCCGAUAGACGUGCUAUCCUGCUUUAUAUGGUCAUGGACCACUUUGGUUCUCGUGAAGACGCUUCGUCGCGGCGAUCCACUUACAACUCGACCUCCUUACCAAGCCGGUGCAGUUAUGCGUCCACUCGUUUCCAUCGCAUCUUACCUACUCCGAAUUCCCAGUCUACACAAAGUGUCGAUCUCUGCACUGGAUGGAUUCCUUUACGCCCGACUGGCCAUCUUUUUCUUCGUAUACACACCUUAUCUACGCGGUUAUUCCGACAGUACAUUUUACUCGAUCGCCAUUCCCUUCGCUGCUGCGUUCAGUAUUCAUGAAAGUCGUGUUCCGGGUGCAGCAUUGGCGUUUAUUAUUGUAAUCGCCUAUACUGCAAAAUUGAAUGAGUGGGUGUCGCAUAGAACAAAAGUCUUGCAGGCCACUGAAGCACGGUCACGUAUGGAUGUGGUCGAAAGAUAUUUCAUUUCUGUGAUGCUAUCUCUUGGAUUCGCUGAGCUAGACACUUUGCGAGAGGUUUCUGGGAACGAUGCUCUGAUGAAGCCUAUCAAUGAUGAUGUUUUGACUCGUCGGGUACUUUUCACUGGUCUAGAUUUAUGGAAAUGGGAACCGGGGACAUACAACAAGUUCUAG